AUGAAAGCGCAAGUACAUGCGGAAGACAUAAGGUUUGAGACAGAGCGGCGCCUCUUCUGCAAAGGCUCCGCCCUUGUCAAGCUUGAAAGCCUAAAUUGGGAAGAGAGUAAAAUUCGCCAACAUGACCCGAAGAAUGUACUAUGGCUUAAAAAGAUUUUUGAGGAGGAUGGAUGCCGUUCGCUAAAGGUGGGAAACCACAUACCUGCUAUUGUCGAUCAACACCAUCUCGACACUGCCAUAGAGAAUGCGAAACAGAAAGAACUGUGGAAUGCGGGUGUUUUGCCAAGUAUUUACGCCACGAUCGACUCAGAAAACGGAUACCCAGAGCUUGAGUUUCCAGGCGGAAUUAUCUGUCUCCAUGGAUUCCAUAGAAUACAAGCGGGGAAAGCAUUGCGCCCGGCUGAGAAAUGGUGGAUAGUGGAUCUAUACCUUUCAGGAAUCAGCUACGAGAUGAGGACAAUUCUAGACGAAGAGUAUUCUAAUGAAGAUAGGCCUUGUGAUGGUCAAAUAUAUCGCAAAAUCCGUGAAUACCAGUAUCUGCCCUUGAAAGCCGAUGCCCUAGUAUUACCAGCUACCCGUUUAAGCUUCGAAAUGCGUUGGUGGUCUCGUUUUAAUGAAAGUAGACAGAAGAGACUCCACAGCCUCUUCGGACACCGCUUGGUUGCCACUGGAUUUGAUGCUCUUACUAAGAUUCCGGCUCUCUUUGACGCUGGAAUGAAGGUCACUACAAUGAAUACAGUGCUGGCAACGAGGUGCUAUGAGGAAAUAUAUCAUUACCUUAAUCAUAUUUUCACAGCUUUCGUUGGGUUUUUUAACGGGAUUGAAAACAGGAUUCAGAGACUAGAUAAGGCCACCGUUAAGGCUAUCGAACGCAGGGCACCUGCAGUAUCAACCUCGGAUUCUCAGGAGCUAUCCAUUGCUAUUUUUAAUGGCACCAUCUUCAGUGGCUUCAGCAGCCAAGAACGCAGCAUUAUAUGGGGUAACAUCCUCAAGUUUAGAGGCAUUAUACCUUCUCUAUCAACCUUUUUUGAAGACAUGCACUUGUUGGAAGCUUGCGUUAACUGCAUCAGGUGGCUAGUUACAGUUACUACGGAUCCGACGGAUCGGACAAAUCAGACAGUAUUCACAGCACUAGACAGUGCGUUCCAAUCCCAAGAAGGCACCCAAUGCACUCAGGUAGUCCAGACAACUGAAACUACCUUCCGUUUAGUCAAGGGAAGCCGGACAUACUGUAUGAAGCUUGGGUAUUUGCAAAUAAUUGCUUUUGCAAUGAAAGACUACAGACAUUUACCAAAGCAGUCUGUGAGAAAAAAUCUGAUAGAAAUUGCAAGGCCAAAGGCCGAUAGUGAAGUGCUCCAAAAGGGUGCUUCCUUUGCGAAUCAAUUAGGAUUUAGCAUCCCUCAGAUAGAGAGGCUAAAAGGGAUGGAGCCUUUAACAUUCUCGGAGGUGGAAGCACUAGUUCCCGUACCUAAAACAGCUGUGGUUAAAAUUAAGCGCAGGUCUGGGAUGCCACAUACUGAUAGCUUUGAGGAAGACAGACGGCAUAUAUUUUUACAUAACCUAUUCCAAAGCGACGAGGAAGACAAAGGUAUCACGUCGUUUUUUAUUCUCAAGUCUUGGUUCAAUGCUUUUUUUGGUACAUGGGCGAUACCAGUUCCAAACACUGACAGCAACAUGCCACCACCAAAAGAUGAAGAGGUUGAAAAGGAGAGUGUUAAUUUACGAAGGACUCAGCUACGACCAUUAGGUCCGCAGCAUAGUGCGCGCAUAAUGAAAGAUACUAAGUUGGGCAAGCCAAAAAAUGGCGUCAAACACAGCUCAGCUCUAAAGAUGGAGAUAGAUGCCCCCCCUGACUGUACGCCUAGAGAGCUCAUACGCUUUGUAGAACAAGACGGUAAUGUGACUGAAACCCUAGACCAGUUACUAGAAUCUAAUGGAGUAUUCCAACUCUGGGUUGAUAGUGGCGACCCUAAUUCUCUUGUUAAGCAAGAAGUCAUAGAGCUCAAAGAUAAAGGAAAGAGAACUUGUGAUAAACACAAGAGACACAUAGCAGCUGACGAAUGCUACCACGUGGCGACUAUGGCGGGCAAUAACAAUACGCUUUUCGUAAUCUCAGAAAUAAAACCUGAGGAAGACAAACAUCGGGGCGAAGACUUUGACACAUCAGCUAUGGAUGGGGUAGAACUCGAACGCGAGGAAAUCAAGCCAGAGAAACAAGCCCAUCUAGAUUUAUACGGCAUUCCUGAACAUGUACCUACCCAAGAAGUAGAGGAUACCUCCGAGCCAGCUUUACACAAAACCACUCUAAAAGUAGAGCGAGCGAAGGCGAAGCGUAAAACUCCUUACACACGUAAGGACAUAAAGCCACAAAAACAAGAUCGAAUGGAUCUAUAUAGCUUUCUGAAGGAUGUACCUACCCAAAAGGUAAAAGAUGACGACCAGUUAGCAUUAUACAACAUUCCUAUAUACGAGUCUGCGCUAGAAAUAAAACCGAGAGACGAGGAAAGUCUAAGUGUAAUUGUCCAGAAACGCCAGGAAAUUAAGCCAGAGGAGCAAGACCGCCUGGAUUUAUACAGCCCCAAGCACGUACCUACCCAAGAAAUAGAUGAUACCUCUGAGCCAGCUUUACACACUACUAUAAAAGUAGAACGAAAGAAGGGGAAGAAUGAGACUAAAACUCCUUACACACAUACGGACAUAAAGCCACAAAAACAAGACCAAAUAGAUCUAUGCGGCAUUCCUGAGUAUAUUCCUACCCAGGAGGUAAAGGUAGAAGAUGACGACCAGUUAGCAUUACACAACAUUCCUACAUACGAGUCUACGCUAGAAAUAAAACCAAGAGACAAGGAAAGUCCAAGUGUAAUUGUCCAGAAACGCCAGGAAAUUAAGCCAGAGGAACAAGACCGUCUGGAUUUAUCCAGCAUUCCCCUAUAUAGGCCUACUAAGGGUGUGAAGUUAGAGGAUGAUACCCAGCUAGCUUUACACGACAUUCCAGCAUUUCAAGGGCAGCCUAGUGAAGAGGAAGUUGGAUCGGACUGCCUACUUGAUAUAGAAAGUGAGAACGCGGCUAAUGCUCAGAUUCUUGCUCAAAACACCGUUAUAAUUCACGUAAAAAAAUCCUUUAAAAAUUCACACUGGGUAUCUAAGCCAGCUAAAGACUUACCGUUCGACCAACUAGACUCAAUAGUAGUGCCUACUGAAGACCCACAAAACGUAGUCAGAGAAAAAAUGCUUUUAUAUAAAGAAGAGGGGCUACUACCUCACAAUGGUAUGGGUCGAAAAGUAAACGAAGAAGAUUGUUAUGCAGUUGCUAUGGAGGCUGACGAUCAUACGUUGUACAUGAUAGAGGAAGAGUAUUGA